UUUUGUAAAUACAUGAGUUUGUUGGUGGUUGAUUGUGUUUUAGUUUCGACUUUUCAAUCAUCAAGUUUUUUUUUCAUUGCAAAUUGAAAUUUUUGUUUGAUUCUGGGAAUAAAAAAAAUGGCUGUUGAUUAUACAUUACCAAAAUCGGAAUUACCAUCACCGAUUCGUGUUUCACCAUUCAUUCGAUUUUGCCGUUGGAGUCUUCUCAUAGCCGGAGUUUUCUAUGGAAUGAAACGACAAAGUACAUUGGCCGAACGUGAACGUUUACAUCGUAUAAAACUUCGUGAACAAAAAAUCGUCUGGGAUGAAGAACAACGUAUAUUGGCUAAUCGUCGAACUCGAGAACAAUUAUUGGCAUUGGCCAAAGAGAUUAAUGUACCAAUACCGGAUGAUUUUGAUAAACAAUAUCCACCAGUAUAAAUGAUGGAAUUUAAUGAUUGAAUUGUCGUCUGAUUUUCAAAUUAGUGUUAAAUAAUAAUAAUAAUAAAGAGAAUGAAUAAAUCAAA